UUAAUUAAAGCAGGAAAAGAAGUAAGAUUUAUUAUUCAUCCAGUUGCAGGAAGAUUACCAGGACAUAUGAAUGUAUUACUUGCAGAAGCUAAUGUACCAUAUAAAAUUGUAUUUGCAAUGGAAGAAGCAGAAGAUUUAGAAAAUGUUGAUGUUGCAAUUGUUGUUGGAGCAAAUGAUACAGUUAAUCCAAUAGCAGAAACUGACCCAACAUCACCAUUAGCUGGAAUGCCAAUUAUUGAUGUUUAUAAAGCUAAAAUAUGUGUAGUUAAUAAAAGAUCUCUUAAUCAAGGAUAUGCAGCAGUAGAUAAUCCAUUAUUUUUCUAUUCUAAUACAAGAAUGUUCUUAAGUGAUUGUAAAAAAGGAUUUGAAGAAUUAAAU